UCUGCAAUUGCCCUCCUAGCCUUCGCUCGUGAUCAGUUUAGCUUGUCAAACGUGCCUUAUCUUGCCCUAUAUUCAGACAGACACCUUCGUAUCCUGGAAAAAGAAUAUAACACACAGCACUGCAUAUCCAACAGGUGUAUACGUGCAACACAAUUACCUGCCUCAUCAAAUCUUUUUGCUCAUCAGCAACAUACAACAUGAGAUAUGACCGGGAAGCCUUGAAGCCGUGAAGGAAGUGUUUUGCUCUGUGAAUAGACUCUGAUUGGUACAAUAUCUUACCGACACAGUAUUUCUAUACAAUAUCUUACCGACACAGUAUUUCUCUUCGACCAGUCUCCAUUCCGUACAUAGUAUGGAGGAAAACAGACAGAAUGUCCCCUCCUUCAUCGGCAAACUAGCAUUGAUGCUUCAAGAUCAAUCGGCAGCACCCUUCGUGACUUGGUCCCCCAAUGGCGAGGCGCUGCUUAUUGUUGAUCCUUCGAGCUUUGCUACCCAGAUUUUGCCAAGGUACUUCAAACACAGCAACUUUGCAUCCUUUGUGCGACAAUUGAACCUGUAUGGAUUUCACAAGACAUCUCAGGAGCCUGAUGUCUGCGAGUUUGCUCAUCCCAUGUUCAAGCAAGGAAACGAGCACCUUUUCAAAGAUAUUCGAAGAAAGAUUGCCACAAACAAUGCUUCUGAGAAGGAAGUACUUGGACGCUCGAAAAAUGACUUCGAUAGAACCGCUGUUGAUAAACUUUUCAACGACAUCCAUGAUCUCAGAUCGAAGCAUAAGAAAUUGGAAGCAGUAUUCAUGGAAAAAGAAGAAGAAAAUAAGAGGAUUUAUUCGCAAAUGGUUGAAAGCAAAGUUCGACAAGAGAAUCUUGAAUGUAGGAUUGGGAAGAUGGCCACAGUUUUAGAUAGGGCCUGCAAGACUUUCAGCAUGAGAAAUGCUGAAGAAUUCCAUGAAAUAGAAAUAGAAUUCAAAGCUUUCAAGCGACAGCGACAUGAGGGUCAUGCUGAAAGUCACGAAGCGAUGAAUGACCAAACCGACUCAUUGCUUCAAUCUCUGAUGGACAUUCUGAACAAGAACCCGAAUGCUGGACCGAAUUCUGUUCCAAAUUCUCCAAAGUUGCAGGACGAUGCCAAUCAUCCAGUUCUGAAUAGGCAUGGUCCACGAGAAGACGUCCAGGUUGCCAAAAUGGAUAAGAAUAUCAGACUCCCUCCAAUCGCUUUGGCCCUGAAAAACAUUGUGUCGUCAGAUACCAAGGGCGAGCAAGUGGGUGUGCCUCCCUUAGACAAGGAGGCUCUCAUGGGAGUGCAGACGCUUUUGCUGCUUGCCCGUUGCUGACUACGCUUCUGCCACCAACUGCUAUCAUAUGGAUUUGCAAGUUUUGCGUGCUUUUGUGAUCGAUUUGCCUGCGUUGUUAUUUCCAUCCAAGAAUGCCAACACCUGUUGUAUAUUCGUGUAAAGGUUUAGGAUUUUGCUCAGAACUUGUGUCACGAAGACCACAAGGAACGAGACGAUGUAAUUAGUGAACAUACUGUAGAGGAUACUAGA